AUGGCGGACAUAACUGGAGCGAACUUGUGCUCAUGUCUCGUGUCCUGUAUUGGAAAGCACAGAGAAAGACGUGAAGCAGGCAAACAGGCCCAAGUCAAGGCUGAUCCAAACGUCGACUUAAACAAUGUGAACCUGGCACCAGAAUACUCCGAGGACUAUCCCAUAAUAUUCAACAUCUGGCUGUGGUUGGUCAUCGUCUUAGUCCUUUCCAUAUAUGCAGUUUGCGUCAUCAUGUGGUACAUGGACCCAGGCCGGGACAGCAUUAUUUACCGCAUGACAAGUCAGAGAAUCAAGACGGAUUGACUCGCAGAUCUCAGUCGAAAGGAGUUCGACAAUUACAGAGUUAAAACUGAUUGAUGUAUGAAUUAUAACAAGUUGUAACUUGUAAGCGAUUGCAGGGCAGAAGUUUUUGCAUCCCGGCAACGGAUUGUAAUUUUUGCUAAGCACGGUAGUUUUGUUGAAAGUAAUCAUAAUUUCCUUGUGUUUGUAACGAGAUCUUUUGAAGGAUUCAAAUUGUAUUCAUUCGUAAAUGGUGCAGAUUACUUCUCUUUUCUUGUUGCGUUUUGUUUUGAUAAGAAUCGUGUGUGAAAAUUCAUUAAAUUACAUUUUUGUUUGGUUUA